CCAGCCGAGAUGGCCCAGGCGAAUAUCUCGGUGACCGAGAGCCAGUUUCGGUGUCCAAUCUGCCUGGACAUCCUGAAAGACCCGGUGUCCAUCCCCUGCGGACACACCUACUGCAUGUCGUGCAUCAACAACUACUGGGACCAGUCGGAGUCGGGCCAGUUCAGCUGCCCCCAGUGCCGGGAAUCGUUCAGCCCUCGGCCGGUGCUGCGGCGCAACACGGUGCUCGCCGAGGUCGUCGACAAACUCAAGCUGACCGACAUGUUCACGGAGACGCCGGAGCUCUACCUGGGGGGAGUCGGGGAGGUGCCGUGCGACUUCUGCCCCGUAGAGAGCAAGCUGACGGCUGUCAAGUCGUGCCUGGUGUGUCUGGCGUCUUUCUGUGAGCUCCACGUCCUGCCACACCGGGAGGUCAGCACGCUGCGGAGGCACAAGCUCGUUGCCGCUGUUGAGUGUCUGGCAGACCGGCUGUGCGCACAACACCGGCUGGGUCUGGAGCCUGCGGGGAGCGGCUCCGGGGCGGAGGCCGCGGGGGAUUGGACCGGAGACUGCCUGCUGUGCGAGGCUGACCGGGAGGAGGUGCACAAUGUGGACGCACAGAGAGCCAGGAGACAGGUCCAGCUGCAGGAGUCUCAGAGGAUGGUUCAGGGGAGGAUACAGAGCGUAGAGAGAGAGCUGGAGGAGUUUCAACAAAGCUUGGAGUCCCUAAAGGUGUCAGCGUCGGCGGUUUUGGAAGACAGUGAAGCUCUGUUUGCUGACAUGGCAGUCCGCCUGGAGAAAACCAAGGCUGAGGUCCGAGCGAGGAUGGAGACCAAGGAGCGAGCUGUGGUUGGGAGGGCUGAGCGUGACAUAGAGACGCUGGAGAAAGAUUUGGAGGAGCUGAGGAGGAGAGAUGAGGAAAUCGGACAGCUUCUACAAACCGAGGACAACGGCCAUUUUCUGCAGGCGGCUCCGCUGCUCUGCACACCUCUCGCCACCUGUCGGCACUCCAGAGCCCUCAGCUUGCCCACCGAGGCCUUCAGCGGCGCCAGGAGAGCGCUGUGUCACCUCCGCAGCCGCAUGGAGGAGGUCUGCAGGGAGGAGGUGGACAAUAUCAACCGAGCAGUAAAUGAGAACUACGUGUCUGGUGCGGAGUGCGUAAAAGGUAAGCAUAAGAAACAUGAUACACAAUUAAAUGCAGAGAACUUCAAACCUCAGCAAAUGCAACCAACACUAUCUGCAGAGCAAGAUACAACAAGGGCAGCGCCGGUGUCGUUCCCUCUAUCUUCUUUGUCUCUGCAGCCGGCUGAUCAGCGGAUGAGGGCAGCUUUCUUCAGGUUUUCGUGCCAUCUGUCAUUGGACCCUGAUACAGCCCACCCCACUCUGGUUCUCUUAGAGGGUCCCCAGGGUGCCCACUGCGGCGAGGAGCCCCAGUCCUACCCCCCUCACCAUCAGCGCUUUGACUCGGUGGCCCAGGUCCUAUGCAAGGAGGGCCAGUUCGGUGGCGCCAGCUACUGGGAGGUGGAAUGGAGGGGUGGGGGAUGGGUUGAUAUCGGCGUCACCUACCGUGGCAUUGGACGCAAGGGUGGUGGAAAACCGUGCCUGCUGGGGCGUAACGAGAACUCGUGGCGGUUAAGGUGUACACAUGCGGGGUACGCUGCCUGGCACGACAACCGUAAGACCACAGUGGCCGCUCCGCCGUGCCCCAGGAUCGGUGUGUUCCUGGAGCGCCAGAAAGGAGCGUUGUCCUUCUACAGCGUGUCGGACACAGUUGUACUGCUGCACACCUUCCGCUGUCCCUUCACUCAGCCGCUGUAUCCGGCCUUCCGACUAGACCUGGACUCCACCUUGCUCAUCUGCCCCCAUGAGGGAGGCAAUGGAAACCCCUCUUAAACCUGGCCCCCCUCCUCAUCCAGGACCCUUUAUCUAACCUACAAGAAAGGGCUGUUCACUCUGAAAACCUUAUGGAAGAGUUUGCUGGUGCCGAGAUAACACCAGUGAGAAGCAUCACAGUCAGGAAUCAAACACUUGUCUUUUCUCAUAGAUGUCUUUUUGCAUUAUGAAUGUCUCUCUUGACAAAACAGUUCCCCUUCAUCCUUU